GUGUUUGACGAGUAAAUAUCGAAGCUUUGCAGAAUGUCACCGGCUUGUUUGCGGUCGUCUCUUAGACAGGGGUGGGUAGAUGUGGGAGAGGAAUAAUUGGUCAGUGAUUUUAAUAAAGGACUGAGCUAAGAAGAGACAGAGCGGGAACAGGGAAUACCUCACCGAGCAACAAUGAAGAAGUUGUGCGUUGCUGUUGUCGUGUUGAGUCUCGUCUCAGUGUGCCGGCCUGCGCCACUGACCUGUGAGAAGCUGGUGAAGCCUGUAGACCAAGGUCCAGAUUUGACUGGGAGGUGGUACUACAUUGCUUUCGCAGGAAAAGUCUGUUUGGCUACAACACUUAUUAAUGGGUUAUUUUGGCCAAGUAUCUCAGAGUACAUUGCCUCUAUGAACACACCGAAUAUCUACAGUAGCACCAUGAACAUUAAAAUAUUCGAUUACUGCAUCAAUGAAACCCUAUUCAGUUUCUAUGAGAAAAACCGCAUGAUGGAUGUCGACAUAGACACGGGCAUCCCAACUGGUGACCCUGAUGUGCUGCUGCACACAAGUUGUCCUGACUGCAUCGUUGUAAAGAGUAGUGAUGUCAUUGACAGUAUUUUUUUCCUCAGUAGGAGAAAGGUCAUCACCGAUGCUGAGCUGAAGGAGUUCGAGAUGCAGGCACAGUGUUUCGGCUGGUCUGCGCCGCAGGCCUUUAACACUGAUUUCGACUAUGGAAACUGCCAGAACGAAACCGAUAUCAAUGAUGAUGACGCUUCAGACCUUCAUUUCUUUCUCAAAAUAUAUGAGAGACUGAAAAGCACAGGUCACAGCAUAAUCAAAUGUUUCACUGAGGUCCUCCUGUCCUAUUUUUCCGAUCUUCUUGCCACUGACAGUUAAAUGGUCAUCACUUGCAUGCCGAACCUUGUUUAUACAGCAAGUCUACAAUACACAUUUGUGUGCAUCUCUGCAGGUGUGAAUGAACAUGUCCUUUGAAUUCAUCCUAAAACAAGUCUCAGUCAUUCUCGUGGUUCUGAUGUACACAACAAUCACAAUUUGGAUUGUACCUUCAUAUUUGGUGUGUUCAUUUUGUUGGUUCAUUGUGUUAUAUCGUUAGAUUAAAUAAUAUGCAACAUGGCAAUGGA